AUGCCUCCCGCCGGUGGCCCCCGCACACCGCGCCCGCACGCGCUGCCCCGCAGCCUGUCCCGCCUGCGCGAGUGCCCGGGCCGUUCCCGCAUCGUGCUGGCUCUCGGGGCCACGCAGAUGGCGCUCGGAUGCCUCAUCGUGGCCGUGAGCUUCGCGGCGCUGGCUCUCACCACCUCCGCCCGCGUGCGCCACUCCUGCCCUUUCUGGGCCGGCUUCUCGGUGCUGCUGUCUGGACUUAUUGGUGUUGUCUCCUGGAAGAGGCCUCUCUCGCUUGUGAUCACCUUCUUCAUGCUGCUCUCCGCGGUGUGUGUGAUGCUCAACCUGGCCGGCUCCAUCCUCUCCUGCCAGAACGCUCAGCUCGUCAGCUCCCUCGAAGGCUGCCAGUUGAUCAAGUUCGACAGCGUGGAGGUGUGUGUAUGCUGUGAGCUGCAACACCACUCGUCUGGAUGCAGCAACCUCGGGGAGACACUGAAGCUGAACCCGCUACAGGAGAACUGUAAUGCUGUGCGGCUGACCUUGAAGGAUCUCCUCUUCAGUGUCUGUGCCCUCAAUGUCCUCUCCACCAUUGUGUGCGCCCUGGCCACAGCUGUGUGCUGUAUGCAGAUGGUGUCCGCUGAUGUCCUGCAGAUGUUCUUCCCACAGAGGUCUCACUCUGCCAACACUGCCUGUGUGACUCCCCACGGCACCAUUCUCCACCAGACUCUGGACUUUGAUGAGUUUAUUGCUCCACUUCCGCCUCCGCCCUACUACCCUCCGGAGUACACCUGUACGCCCACAGCGGAGGCCCACAGGGGUCUCCAUCUGGAGUUCUCUUCCUCGCCAUUCAGCACUCUGUAUGAUGUCGCCAUCAACAGUCCUGGCAUGCUGUACCCUGCUGAGCUGCCCCCACCAUAUGAGGCCGUGGUGGGUCAGACACCCGCCAGUCAGGUUGCAAGUGUCGAUCACCAGGUGGUUGACUCCAGUUCCGGGGACCCAAACACUGCGGCGGACUUCAGCACGCCAGUGCCUGCCAGUAGCACGAGUCUCCCAACAUCAGAGGGUGCCACCUCACUGGCUCCAAGCCACCCAUCCCCUGAUGGCACUUUAGACACCCCACCGCCUCUUCUACCUGCUUCAGUCCCUCACCACAUGUCUCCAGAGGCAACAAGCUUGAGCAGACAGGCACAACCAAGCCCAGGGCGUGUGGCCCGCUCAGCCAGCGACCCCACCUCCUGCACAUCCAGUGAAGCAGUCUCCACAUCACGCCCAGCCAUGGCUGCCCGUCAGCACCUGCUCUCAUCUAGUGGUGACCCAGAUACCUGGAAAACGGACCAAGGGACCAAGCCAGAGACCUUACAGACUGUCUCCAAAGAGCGGCCACACUCUUUAGUGGAGAGCAAGGCCUAUGCAGACACCAGGGUUCUGGUAGCUAAGUUUUUGGAACACACACACUGCAGCCUCCCUACAGAGGUGCGACAUGUGGUGGGCACCAUACGAUCAACGGCCACCUCGGAGGAGCCCAGGGUGGAAGAGGCCAUCUUUGGUGCUGGUGUCCUGGACCAGCUAUGAAACAGCUACGGGCCUCGAUAUGGACAUUGAUGGGCCCAGUGCCAGCAAAGUCUUGUCCUGCAAGAUGCCACCAUGGUUGGCCUUUGGCCUGCUGGGCUGAGAACAUCCAGGAUAUCCAGGAGGAUCGCUGGUGGCCUGGGCAAGGAACUGUUAUUCUUUCUCCCAUCAGUUGUCUUCCUGGGGACUGUGUGUUCCCUGUCCCACUAACUCAGAGAUGUUUUCUCUCCUGCCCUUAGUGAGCUCUGGUUGCUUCAGAGGCAUAGCACCUCUUGAACUGAAGAAUGUGAUGGGAAUACCAAUCCUGGGACAGGUGACACUUGUGGAACUGCACAAGACACUGCAUCUGUCCCAAGUCAAGGCCUUUAACACAUGAUGCUCCUCUGUGCCUGGUUUGGUUCAGUGUUACAAGAAUAGAGGGAAGCAGCAGUGGCAAUGGAGCCAUGUGGCUGGUAUCACUCUACAAUGAAACCUUUAUCAGAUUCCGACCCAUUACUUCCUCUCAAAGGCAAUAGCUGAUGUUCGCAUAGCCUGGGACCAUCGUUUCGCUCGCUGGGCUAUCGUGCAAAUAAAUCCACAAUGAAAGCUUUCCUACAUACUCUUGGGAAGCAAGCAUGUGCCACAAGGGCUUGAAAUGCCCACCUCCUUGUGUACUGGGCCUCCCAACUAGGCCUCGGUCUGUGGGUUGCUAUCCCCACCUCCUCCCUCGGCCCCUCCCCCAUGGUCUCCCAUCCUUUAACCACAGCAAAUAAUUGUUACUUGUGUCUUAACAAUAUGCCCCCUCCUCAUCCAUUGGAGGACUUCCCCUCAUAUCUGAUCUCACCUAAUUGUGCUGGGUAGGUCUCUUUCUGGGCUAGGAAGCUACUGUCUGCUAUAGGUACACCACCAGCUAAGGUAAGCCUGUCUCAUGACCCAGACUUGUCUCUUCUUGCACACCUGUGGUGAAGGAUACAGAUGGUCAGUUUCUUGUUUCUAGUAGGAUGCCAAUGGUGGACAUCUAGAAGCAAGGCAAACCCAGCUGAGGCACAUCCAGGUGGCUUGGGGCAAAAUGGCCACCCCAGACUUUCUUGUCUGCUUCAGACCUCAUUUUCUAGCAAGAUCAACAGCAAGUACUUCUCAGCAAUGGGUCUGGAGCAGCACUGCUUGCAAGAACUGCCUGCAAGAACCAGAAAUGCCCAUGUCUGGUUCAUCCUGGGCGGCAGCUAUAAUCACAGAUCACUGCGCUGCAAUGGGCCUGUGAGCCUCAAUACAGGUACAGAAGGCUUGAGUCCGUGGGUAGUGCCAGGGUGGACCAGAGGGUACCUUCCAUUGUACCAGCCCAGCUGGUAGGCGUAGGCAGCUCUUCUCUCCGUUUUGCCUGCCCUUGUCCAUCCUUCUAGUACCCUGAUUCAGCACCCAAAUUCCCUGUAGCCAACAUGCUGAAGACCUCUGUGUGUUUGGAAGCUGUGGCGCUUCAGCCCACACAUGGCCUCGGAAAACCCCUAGCAGCGAUCCCAUCGGUCCAUGCCCCAAAGGCUUUACCAUUUCCAUAAGCUGUCGCCUUCCUGAGGUAGAGAGCUGAAAAAUAUAGAUCAGGCAUUUGACAGCAACCUUGCCUUUUCCACAGGAGACAUAAGAGAUGAAUUUUUGAGCACUUUAUUCAGACUAUAAAACUCCAAUUUUCCCUCAAGUGAGAACUUUGAAAACACCCCAGAGCAAAUCCCUUACAGCAGAAUGGCCUGCCCCAAGCUUCUUAACACAAAGUACUUUUGUGCCUGGCUGCUGGGCAUUCUUACCAUCUCAAAGACGGGAUGAAGUGAGGCAGUGGCAGGGUGUCGCCUGAUUGGAGGGUCCAUGCAGCAGUGUGCUUUAACACUUAUGGAUCUCAGAACAAGCUAUGAGCCAAGAGAAGCCAGUACCAACCCCAUCCCAACUGACCCAAGCUCUGAGGUGUUUUCAUAGUGUGGCCAGGGAGCCCAGUUUCUGGAUACAGCACAGGACACGGUGACCCUCAUGCUGCCUCUUUACAGAAGGCCCUCAGCUAUCACGUGGCACUCCUGCCUCAAGCCGCACUUCCCCUCAGGUGCAGGCUAACACUAUACCACCUGGAAGCCCUGGGUCCCAGACAUUCUCAAGGAAGUGGUACACACAAACCAUUCUAGCCAGGUUAUGAGAUGGCUCCCCUAAUGGACUUAUAUGAUGGACAAAGAAACGACAGCACUUCAUGCUAUUGGGUGGGUGUUAGAUGACAGGUAUGUCAUUGUUCAUCUUCUCAGGGCCCCGGACGGACCAAAAGGGCAUUAAAAAUGCCCAAGCUCCAGGCUUCCAGGAAGUCAGCGGUAAUGAUAACAGCUACUAGACAAUGGUCUUGCAAUUUGACUUGUCUCUUCUAGGUCCUUUAACCCUGCCUCAGUGGUGAGCUGGUACUAGGAACUCCAGGCAGUAUGUGGGUCCCCUGCUGAAACAAAAGCUGUCUUCCUUCCCAUUGCUUGCACAACCUUCCAUUUUGGAAGGUCUGUCCCUGCUUCUUUUGCUGAUAUCUGAACCGGGCCCAAUAGUAAUCAUUUGGGAGGAGAUGCUCUCAUGCCUGGCUUGCCAGGUCCUAGGCCUUCAGUACCCCCACACACACACACCAGUCAGUAUCUUCUAGGACAUCCUUCAACUCUGCUUGGGGGCAGGAAGAUGCUGAUGUGAACCCACUGUGAGUAGCAACUCUACUGUGAGGAAGGCUGGAGGCUUCAUGACAAGGACUUAAGCCUCCUUCCCAGGGAGGCUCUGAUAAAAUUUGAAAUGUUUGUGAUCAGCCCUGGAGUGGAAGCUCAUUUUGUCUCUUCUCCCCCUACCCCAUUUGGCUGUGUCAGCCCACAGCUGCUGCUGAGGCAGAGUUUAUAGGAAAUUGUUUUCAGGCCACCAGAGAACUGUUUGUACAACUUGAAAGGUUGUAUUUAUUUAAUGUACCUCAAGGUGUUUUAAUAAUGAUCAGUGUUUUAAUAAAAAGUAUUUCUGGUCUC